CUUUGCUCCUUGAAAAGCGCCCUGGUGCAUUGAGUCGUUGUUUUCCUGGGCGACUUCAAGUGCAGUUUUUGUCAUUUCUCGAUAUGGCGCAAUUCACUAUGGGUAGCUUUGCCCGCUGGUCGAGCAGCAUGCGCCUGUCGGUGGCCACUCAAACUCGCAGUUAUGCCUCAAAAUCAGCAAUCCCAAAAUUCUCCUCGACCUCUUCCCCCGAACUUGAUCAGCUCCUCUACCGAUUCCGUGAAGACCGCUUCAUCCCAUCAGGCCUGCCGAACCAGCAACGCCGAAAUAUGUUCAAGGAGAAGCACAGGCAGCGACUGGAGGACGAGCCGAUUACCGUGGCAAUUAGUGAGACGGAAGACUUCACAUUGCGACCCAUGAGAAUCAAUGAGUUGCCGACGAAAAAGGACGCCUACGAGGUUCUGCGGCUCAUUGCUGCCACAAACGAAUGGAAGGCCCUCGUGCCCUUCUUGAGUGGCAUGUACAUGUCAAACCUAAGGCUCAACACCAACCGUUUUGCACAGAUCGUUCGCAAGGCCAGCGAGGCCGGCAAGCUCCCCGUCAUCAUGGAAUGUAUCCGCCAGGGACAUCGCACCGGUUUCCACCUUCGCGACUUGACAGUCGUGCAACGCCUCUUCUACGACAUCCACAUUCUUGCACAAAGCGCCGACUUCAAGGGGCCUGCCGUUACCAAGGCACUGAACAUGGCGAAGCAGGCGGUGGAUUUGAUGGAUCAAGAUGUUGAGACGCACACCUCCCUCGCCAGGGCCGAGAACCCCAAGCACCAGCCCUUCGUUAUCGGCACGCUUCUUGAGCUCAGUGCUGCCCGUGCGAUCAACGAGUUUGGUGGUAAGGACCAGGCCAACGAGGUUUUGAGCUAUGCGCGCAAGUUGGUCGUCUCCUGGCCAAUCGUCAAGGAGCAAGGCGAGCUGGCGGGUGGAGUUAGCUCUGCUUCGGAGCGGGCCCAGCAGAUCAUUGCUGUCUACAAUGGAUUGCGGCUGAGCCUCUCCAUCCACGGACUAGCCCUCGACAACACUCUCCACGACUCUGUGACGGCGUGCCUGACUGAGGCAAAAACCGAGCUGGAGAGUCUUGUUGACACCGUGGAGCAGACCCACGUUCAGGAGUCUGUGCGCACUAUUCUUAACGCAUAAUCGCCCCGGUCGAGGAUAGUGGCAGGGCCUACUUGCAUGUGUAUAUUAGUUUUAUUUCGACAUUGGAGCCAACCUUGUACUUCACUAAAUGAACAUUGAAUUACUC